AAGUUAGAAAGUGUGCCAUUCAGUCAAAGAGUCAAUCACAGAGAGAUCACAUCCAAACAAGCUAAUCUACUACAAGUCAUGAACUUCAUCGCCUUCUUCGCAGUUUUCGCCAUGUGGAGUUCCCUUCAAAGUGCAGAGGCCGGCAAACUGUCCGCCAAGAAGAUUAUCCUACUAGAGUCUUACGAAAAGUUGAUCACAAUUGUACAGAGCGGAGAUGAACUCAGCCUUAAGGAGUGUAAAUCACAAUUCCAGAACGAGAAAUGGAACUGCAGCGUACGAUUUGCCUCUAGUAACCGAAUGCCUGGCCUACCGAGACUCGCCCCUUCUGCAGCACCCAACAGAGAACUGGCGUUCGCCCACAGUAUACGGGCAGCGGGUGUCACCUAUGCUCUGACACGUGACUGCAACAAAGGAAUCUUAUCUAAUUGCGCAUGCGUGGAAUCCAGCAGAAACCUUGUAAAGGACUGGAGCGGUUGCCAUGACAAUGUCAAGUUUGGUGAUGUGCUGUCGAGGUACUUCUUAAACGGCCUGGAGACUGGGAGCCGGAAGAAGGCACUUAUCAACCUACGAAAUAAUGCUGUUGGACGUCGGGCUGUGCGCAAGACCCUCAAGGAACAAUGCAAAUGUCACGGCGUCUCCGGGAGCUGUUUCGCUCAGAGCUGCUGGAAAAGUCUCGCUACCUUCGCCGAGGUCGGCGUCUACCUCAAGCAAAGCUACGAGGAGGCUAAACGAGUCAAAGUCCAAAACAACAAACUCGUACAGAAAAUCGCCACGCAUGUAAUCAUACCGCUGGCCAAGAAAGACCGCAGCCUCGUGUUCCUCAAGUCGUCCCCAGACUACUGCCACCCUGACGCGUCCAAGGGAUCCACGGGUGUCCUUGGCCGAGUGUGCAGUAGUGAUAACCCUGAUUACCUCAAGUGUUCAGAGACGUGCAUGUCAUGUAGGUUUCGCAUCGUCAAGAAGCUGAUUGUACAGCAGUAUCGGUGCAGAUGUAAGUUCGUGUGGUGCUGUGACGUGAAGUGCGAUAUGUGUAAGAGACUGGUUGUCAUGGGGACGUGCAUGAAGUGAAUUAAUUACCCAGUUGUAAAUAUGUAAAAAGAACAUCUAAUUGAUUGCAUGUAUAUAGUUUUAUCGCAGGAACACAGGCUUGAAGUUUCGUUAAUGACAAAAAUAUAUGAAAAAUACAAAUAUCGAAUGUUGCUGUUGAAGAUUAUUAAACUAGAUUAAAAAAAAAA